GCAUGAACCAAAAGUCAAAAGACUCACCGGCGAGUGAGAUUCAACCCACCCACCGACACACACAACACAAUAGGCGCGUAACUUCACUCGCCUAAAAAUAAAUCACUCUCUUCCGAAACAACACAGAUUUGGGAAUGGCAUGGCCGUCGACGCCGUCGUCUCCGCCAAUACCCUCACCGGAAUCCUCAGAAUCACCGCCAUCUCACUCAUCCUCCUCACCACCCUUCUCUUCUUCCUCCUCCUCCGCCCUCCUUCAAUCCACCAACCCCCAAACCCCACACUAUUUCCCCACAGGUCCCUCAUCUUCUCCCCAAUUCCAAACUGCACCCCCUCAAAUCUCACAUCCUCCGACGGCCUAUUCAACUACUCCGCCUUCCAUUCAUGCAUCUUCAACAGCAAUUCAUAUAUCUCCGUCCCUUUCCUCUCUCUCAUCCUCCUGCUGCAGUUCUACAUCCUGGUCAAAACCGCCCAGGAUCGGUUCUCCGUCGUCGUGACGAAUCUCUCCGCCCAAUUGAAGCUGUCUCCGUCGAUGGGCGCCGUCACGCUUCUGGCAUUGGGCAAUGGGGCGCCCGAUGUGUUCGCCUCCGUGGCGGCUGUUAGAGGUGGGCAGCCGAGAACCGGGUUCGGCGCGAUUCUUUCGGCGGGGACUUUCGUCUCGGCUCUCGUCGUCGGCUUCGUUGCUAUUUACGCCGCGCCAUUUUCCGUCGAACCGGCUCCGUUUAUUAGGGAUGUGCUGUUUUACUUGACUGCUGCGUUGUUCAUGUUUUACGUGUACUUGAGUGCCGAGAUUUACUUGUGGCAGGCUGUUGGUUUUGUUGCUUUCUAUGUUUUCUUUGUUGGGAUUGUUUUUUCGAUGGAUUUCGGGUAUAGCGGCGGUGGUGGUGGAGAGAAGAGUAGAAGCUCUGGUAAUGGGGGAGAGUUGGAGUUGGCGGUGAAUUCGGAGAUCGAUUGUGAAAGUGGGCGAUCAAUCGACAGAUCGGAAGUUAAAAGGAAAUCGAGUUCUUGGUUUUGGAAAGCGGUCGAAAAGAUUUCACAAAUAUGGCAAGUACCAGUCUCGAUACUUCUAAAACUCACAAUCCCGGAAACUUCCCCAUCCGAAUGGAGCAGAUUCUACCGCUCGGCAAACAUCGCACUUUGCCCACUCGCCCUUUCAUACGCAUGCAAAUCGUUCAUCCCUUUAGACCACCCAAUCAUAUUCCUCCUCCCAAACACCCCUUUCCCUCUCUGGUCAAUCCUACUCUUCGCAACCUCCUCCUUAGCCACUCUCCACUACGUGGUAGUGGAAACAGAACAACCCAAAAAAACCGAACAAAUCCCGGUAGUGCUAACAGCAUUUAUAAUGAGCGUGUUCUGGAUCUCAACCAUAGCUGGCGAACUACUCAACUGCCUCGCAGCUAUCGGCACCCUUCUGCAUUUGCCGUCAGCACUUCUUGGUUUGACGGUACUUGCGUGGGGGAACUCGGUGGGUGACCUAGUUGCUGACGUAGCGGUUGCGAAGGCGGGCCAGCCCGCUAUGGCUAUGGCGGGCUGCUUUGCAUGCCCCAUGUUUAAUAUGCUAUUUGGGCUCGGUACGGCUUUGGUGAUGCAGACGGGGAGUGUUUAUCCGGAAGCUUACGAGCUUCGUUUCCAUACGAGUAUUGUGGUUGCGUUUGUGUUCUUGAUUUUGAGUUUGAUGGGUUCGUUGUUGGUUGUGACUUGGUGCAGGUUUAGGGUUCCUAGGUUUUGGGGGUUUUGUCUUGUUGGCCUUUAUGUUGUUUUCAUGGCUGUAAGCCUAUUAAUUGCUAAAUUCUCCUUUUAGUUUUUUUUUGGUGAAGGGGAAUGGAUUUAUACUAUAAAUACCACGAGGUAUGUUUGGGAUGUGAUAAAUGUCGUUUCAGUUUAACUAUAACGCAACGUGAUUUUGA